AAAGGAGGAGCCGUGCAGUGAACUCGACUUGCACACUCACUUGCGUGCGUGCUGGUGCAAUGGAGGCUUUGUGGGCACUUAACAUCGUCCAUGUGACUACCAUCAAAGAUGACCGAUUUGACGGGGUGGUGGUGGUGACGGAUAAUGUCACAAAUCUGUCCGGUGAUCUGCAGUGCAUACAGGAAAAGCUGGCCGCCUAUGUCAAGGCGGAUGCAGCUUUCUACAAGGAGGUGUCUGUGGUGCCCUGCCAGUGCUCCACGGAAAAGAGGCUGAUCUUCUCACCCACGGGACCCCUCAAUCGGGACUAUGACGACGUCCGUCGUUUUUCCGAUGCUGCCUAUUCCGGCAUUGUGAGGGCCCUCAAAGCCGGCAGCAAGAAGCCCCUGCUGGUGCUGGUGCCCGACUCUAGAUUUAAUGAUGCCCUGCUCGUGGGUGCCCUCGGGGCACUGCAUGCACUCUAUGUGCCUAUCGAGGUCCGAGAAGCCUUGCCCGAGAAGAAGAGCAAGGCAGAGCUGCUGGGUCUGUGGGUGCCAAGCGACGCGGAGGGACAACAUCUUGUCAAGGUGGUCACGGCGCUGGAGAGUGGCAGGGUGGUGUACCGUGAUAUCGGUGGCUCUGACCCCGAGCGCAUGGCAGCGCCAAAGGUGGCCGAGUACUUGGAAGCCAUCUUCAAGGGCACGGCCGUCUUGAUGAAAGUCAUCUCUGACCCUGAUGUCUUCAAGAAAGAAUUUCCAUGCUUGGCUGCAGUCAACCGUUGUGCAAAUGCUGUUGAGCGCCACCGCGGGCGUGUGAUCGAGCUGGAGUACACGGGCGAGGGAAACGUGGACAAGACCGUCUUCCUGGUUGGCAAGGGCAUCACCUACGACACCGGUGGGGCUGACAUCAAGGCCGGCGGCCACAUGGCCGGCAUGCACCGCGACAAGUGUGGUGCGGCCGCCGUUGCUGGAUUCUUUGAGAUUCUGGCCAAGCUGAAACCCAAGAACAUUCGUGUGGUGGGUGUCCUGGCAAUGGUGAGGAACAGCGUUGGUUCAGACUGCUACGUGGCGGACGAGAUCGUGACGUCGCGUGCGGGGAAGCGCGUGCGCGUGGGCAACACGGACGCGGAGGGGCGCAUGGUGAUGGCCGACCUUCUGUGCCUGCUCAAGGAGAAGGCGGUCAGCGCGGUGAACCCUGAGCUGUACACCAUCGCCACCCUGACGGGGCACGCCAUCCGUGCCGUGGGGCCCGAAUACACCCUGAUCAUGGACAAUGGACCGGCACGGGAGGCUGGGAAUAGUCAGGAGUGGUUCAAAGUGGGCGAGCGCGUAGGCGAUCCGUUCGAAUUGUCCACCAUCCGGCGCGAAGACUACGUCUUCCACGCUGGGAAGUCCGAGUACGAGGACGUCUUGCAGUGCAACAACCUCCCGUCGAGCGCCACCCCACGUGGACACCAGUCGCCCGCCGCCUUCCUCGUGCUCACGUCCGGGAUGGACGCCCAUGGGCUGGACUCUGAGAAGCCGCUGCGCUACUCCCACGUGGACAUCGCGGGUUCGUCUGGACCCUUUCCUGGCACUCCUACGGGUGCACCUAUAGUGGCCAUGGCGGCGCACUUCCUGUUUAAACGACUGUGAAAAGCGGCAGUUUCAACCCAAAAGUCACCACUGCUGCUGCACACCUCAUCCUCGCAACCACAAUCUCUCCACUCCAGUCAUCGCCCUCCCACCCCUGCCCCUCCACACGACCACCAAGCAAAACCAACCCCUUCUGUCAGGUGUUCACCGCUCGGUGGCUAGCGGUAAAACCUAUUUUCGUAUAACCAACGAGGUUGUCAUUUAAUCGGUUUGUGGAAUUUUGGGUUUAUUGAAUUCUCGGUGGCAUGUUUGCAAUUUGUGGGACUUUUUUUUACCUGUUACCAUGUUGGGAUGCAGCCAUAUGUUUUGAUUCCUUGACAUGUGUGCGUGCCUUCUGCUGAGCACUUGAUUUAAUGCAAUCCUACCUUGUUUAACCUCUAUCAUGUCAUCCUUGAGGGUGUUUUGUAACCGAUGUGACAUUUUGAGUACAAAUCGUUGACUAAAGCAGGUUUAAAAAUGGAA